UCCUGCAGCCGGCGCCGCCGCCAGCUGAGCCCCCGCGCGCCCGGCCAGCCGGCCCGGAGCACCGAGCUCGCGGCACGAAGCCCCCCGGCACCCACGCCAUGAAGGAGGAGGCGUUUCUCCGGCGCCGCUUCUCACUGUGCCCGCCGUCCUCCGCCCCGCAGAAAACCGACCCGCGGAAGCUCACUCGGAACCUGCUCUUCGGCGGGGAGCACGAGUUCUACCCGCUCAGCCCAGGGAAGGACGUGGAGUCUAAUGGCCCAUUGCCGCCAAGGGAUGAGGGGCCCCCGACCCCAGGCUCCGCCACGAAGGUGCCACCGGCAGAGUUCAGGCUGUGCAAUGGGUCUGACAAGGAGUGUGUGUCCCCAACGGCCAGGGUCACCAAGAAGGAGACUCUCAAGGCGCAGAAGGAGAACUACCGGCAGGAGAAGAAGCGGGCCACGAAGCAGCUCUUCAGUGCCCUGACCGACCCCAGUGUGGUCAUCAUGGCUGACAGCCUGAAGAUCCGCGGGACCCUGAAGAGCUGGACCAAGCUGUGGUGUGUGCUGAAGCCGGGGGUGCUGCUCAUCUACAAGACGCCCAAGGUGGGCCAGUGGGUGGGCACGGUCCUGCUGCACUGCUGCGAGCUCAUCGAGCGGCCUUCCAAGAAGGACGGCUUCUGCUUCAAGCUCUUCCACCCGCUGGACCAGUCCGUCUGGGCCGUGAAGGGACCCAAAGGCGAGACUGUGGGCUCCAUCACCCAGCCCCUGCCCAGCAGCUACCUGAUCUUCAGGGCCGCCUCGGAGUCGGACGGCCGCUGCUGGCUGGACGCCCUGGAGCUGGCGCUGCGCUGCUCCAGCCUGCUGCGCCUGAGCACCUGCAAGCAGGGUCGCGACGGUGACCCGGGCUCCUCGCCAGACGCAUCGCCCUCGCCGCUCUACAGCCCGCCCGCCUCGGCCACCGGGCACCCGGACCAGGACCUGUUCCCGCUGAGCGGGUCUUGCGUGGACAACCACCUGGAGCACGAUGCGUUCUCGGAGAAGUCGGAGAGAGAGAACGCGGAGGAGUCGGACGCCGAGACCCGGGACCGCAGCCGGAGGACCCCCGGGAGCAGGAGCGACCAGGCGGCACGGAGGGGGACCACCUACGUGGAGCAGGGCCGCGAGGAGGAGCUCGGGGAGGGCCUGACCUCGGCCCCUCUGCUGCAGCUGGGCGAGGCGUCCCAGGUGGAGACCGUGUCGGAGGAGAACAGGAGCCUGGUGUGGGUUCUGCUGAAGCAGCUGCGGCCCGGCAUGGACCUGUCCCGUGUGGCGCUGCCCACCUUCGUGCUGGAGCCCCGCUCCUUCCUCAGCAAGCUCUCCGACUACUACUGCCACGCCGACCUGCUCUCCAGGGCCGCCCUGGAGGAGGACGCCUACAGCCGCAUGAAGCUCGUGCUGCGGUGGUACCUGUCCGGCUUCUACAAGAAGCCUAAGGGAAUCAAGAAGCCCUACAACCCCAUCCUGGGGGAGACCUUCCGCUGCUGCUGGUUCCACCCCCAGACCAACAGCCACACCUUCUACAUAGCAGAGCAGGUGUCCCACCACCCACCAGUGUCUGCCUUCCAUGUCAGCAACCGGAAGGACGGCUUCUGCAUUAGCGGCAGCAUCACGGCCAAGUCCAGGUUCUAUGGGAACUCACUGUCAGCUCUGCUGGACGGCAAGGCCACGCUCACCUUCCUGAACCGAGCGGAGGAUUACACCCUCACCAUGCCCUACGCCCACUGCAGAGGAAUCCUGUAUGGCACCAUGACCAUGGAGCUGGGCGGGAAAGUGACCAUCAAGUGUGAGAAGAACAACUUCCAAGCCGAGCUGGAAUUCAAGCUCAGGCCUUUCUUUGGGGGCAGCACAAGCAUCAAUCAGAUCUCAGGAAAGAUUGCAUCUGGAGGGGAAGUCCUGGCAACUCUCACUGGACACUGGGACAGUGACGUGUUUAUCAAGGAGGAGGGGAGCGGAAGCGCCGAGCUCUUCUGGACCCCGAGUGGAGAGGUCCGCGGGCAGAGGCUGAAACGGCGCACGGUGCGGUUUGAGGAGCAGACAGAGCUGGAGUCUGAGAGGCUCUGGCAGCACGUUACCAGGGCCAUUGGCGAGGGCGACCAGCACAAGGCCACACAGGAGAAAUUUGCACUGGAGGAGGCGCAGCGGCAGCGGGCCCAGAAGCGCCAGCAGAGCCUCACGCCCUGGGAGCCGCAGCUGUUCCGCCUGGACCCCGUCACCCAGGAGUGGCACUAUCAAUAUGAGAACCGCAGCCCCUGGGACCCUAUGAAGGACAUCACCCAGUUUGAGCAAGAUGGGAUCCUGCACACGCUGCAGCGGGAGACUAUGGCCUGCCAGACCACCCUCCUGGGCAGCCCGGGGUCCAGGCACGAGAGGCCUGGCCCAGAACAGUGUCUCCGCAAGGCCAGUGACCAGCCCUCCAGCCACAGCCAGGUCACCGAGAGCAGUGGCUCCACACCUGAGUCCUGCCCGGAGCUCUCAGACGAGGACGAGGAUGGUGACUUUGUUCCUGGCAGCGAGAGCCCAUGUCCCCGGUGCAGGAAGGAGGGGCAGCGGCUGCUGGCCGUGCACGAGGUCAUCCUGUCCAUCCGGGAGGCGCAGCAGGAGCUCCGCAGGUACCUCUCGGUCAUGCUGAGCUCUACGUCGCGGGCCAGGCAGGCUCCAGCCCCAGGCCUCCUGCAGAACCCCCGCUCCUGGUUCCUGCUCUGCGUGUUCCUGGCCUGUCAGCUGUGCAUUAACUACAUCCUCAAAUAAGAGCCCUCUGGGGGCAGCGUGGGUGUCGCCUGCAGAACUCCCGCCAGCCCAGGCACACAGCACUUUAAGCCUGUCCAUGGAGGCAGAGGGGCCCAGCAGGCACAGCCACUGUGACAGAGGGGCCUGGGUGCAGGAGGACAGCAGGAGGGACCUGGAGGCGGCAAGGUGCUGCAGGCCUGGCCAUGCCAGGCCACUUUUGGGAACACUGGCCUCUCCUGCAGGGCCCUCGCCCAGCACUGGCCUUAACGCUAAAGCCAAAUGCAGCUUCCGUUGUGUGACGUGCUCCCCCUCAUCCCCCUCAUCACUCCCAGUCCACCUCCAUGUGCCACAUGGGAUCCAUGGAUUCGGGGGAGGGAGGGCCUGCAGAGGCUUUGGACGGUCACCCCCAGCAACGGUGAGUGGGAAGGUUUGAGGAGCGAGCCCAGGAGUCCCCAGGCAUCCCCAGGGGCUCCCGCACCCUGAUGCACAGGCCUCAUUCCUGAGACCCUGCCAUUGUCACCAGGGUCACCCAGGAGGGGCCUCAGGUGGGCUCCAAAGGCAGGCUGGGGCUGCUCUGGGGAGGACAUUUUGGGUUUUUAUUCUGCCAUUGUGCUGUUUGGGUAAGAGCACAGCACGGUGGGUUCUGGAACCUCCCCAUCACCCACAGCCUGCUCGUGCGGCAGUGCUCCCACUCCGGACAGGUGGUCACGUGAGCACGGGGUGGCUGGGCUGGCCACACCCACUGGUCAGGGAGGCGCAAAUUGGCCACUUUGCUCAGACGAUGCACAGUCUUCCCAUUUUACACUUUUUAAUAAACGUAACUGCAAUAUUUCAGGCAGGUUGCGGGCAGCGGCAAGCCUGCAGCCCCUGGCCUGGGUCGCUGUGUCAGCACGUGCUCUGUCUGUGUGCCUGCGUGCGUGUGCUGCAUCCACACAUGUAUAUACACACGGAGCCUUAAACUACAAAGUGGUGGCGCCGUUGGAGCUGCAACUGAUCGUUUCACUUUCCAGUUUUUGUACCCAUGUUCUCGUCUCUCCCCUCUCCUCAAUUGGGGGAUGAGUCUAUGCUCCAUGCCUUGAAAUAA